AUGUCAAUGGUUGAGAAGCCGGAGAAUGCGAAGAACAGCCUGCUGCCCGGGAAGAUGUUCAAGGCCUACAGGGCGCAGAAGGGCGGCGGGGCCAUACCGCCCAAGCGGCUGCAGGCGCUCAAGGUGGCCCUGGUGUCCAUGGACUGCGUGCUGAUCGGCAUGCAGCCCAUCCUUGUGCACAUGUCCAAAAACGAGGACGGGAAGUUCUCUUACAACCCCGUCAGCGUGAACUUCCUGACGGAGGUUUGCAAGGUGGCGUUUGCCCUGGUCAUGCUGCUUUUUGUGGGCACGGGGCGCUCGGGGCCCCCCUUGUACCGCUCCCCCAUCAGUUUCAUAAGGGACGCGCACCACAACCGGCUCCUGGCCAUCCCGGCCUCCCUGUACGCCAUCAACAACUACCUCAAGUUCGUCAUGCAGCUGCACUUCAAGCCCACCACCACCAAGAUGCUGGGCAACCUGAAGAUCUUCACGAUUGCCAUGUUGCUCAAGGUGGUGAUGAACCGAACGUUCUCGGUGAUACAGUGGGAGGCCCUGUUCCUUCUGGUGUUCGGCAUCACAGUGAACCAGCUGUCAGACUGCCCAGGAGCAGGGCCAAGCACCCCGGUGUCCUUCGACGCCGUGGCCUACACAGCAGGGGUGGUUACAAUACCCGCAGCAGCCUCUGUGUACAACGAGUUUGCACUCAAGAAGCACAUGGACACCAGCGUGCACCUGCAGAACUUCUUCCUAUAUUUCUAUGGCAUGGUGUUCAACCUGCUGGGCAUCUGCUGCCUGGCGGCGGGCGGCCAAGCCCUGGGUUCCAUCUUCCGUGGCUUCACGCCCAUCACGAUGCUGCUUGUGGCCAAUAAUGCCGCCCAGGGCAUCCUGUCGUCCUUCUUUUACAAGUUUGCGGACACCAUCCUCAAGAAGUACUCCUCCACCAUGGCAACGAUCUUCACAGGGAUCAUGUCUGCGCUGCUCUUCCAACACCACCUUACCAUGAACUUCAUGAUCGGUGUGUCGAUCGUCCUCAUCUCCAUGCACCAGUUCUUCACCUUUUCUGCGGAAGGAAUGCAUCUGAAGUCAAGGGACAAGGCUGAGGUGUCAGAGGCGCGCAGUGGGCUCAAGUUCACGCCCUCACCAUCGAACGACCACUUGGACAUAUUGACUGAGGGCACGCAACUUUCGAUACCAGGAGAGGACUUUAGAAAGCCAUUGCUUCCUCCUUGA